CAUGCUAAAAAGAUGAUAAGGUGUCUGUGGUAAUUUCUGUAAAAUCCAAAAAGAGGUCUAACACAAUGUGACUGAAUAUUGUGAAGUGUUUAAAGCACAAUGAUUAAUAUUUUGUUUAUAUUGCUUCUUCUUCAAUCUGUUCCAGCCAGCAUAACUUUAACUACAGAUUGUUUGGAACCUGAAUUAGAGAAUGGUGAGGUGGCCGGGGAGGGAGAUUUAUCUCAGUGGGUCGGCACUUUCAAGUGUCAGGCUGGAUUUGUGUUAGUUGGAGCUAAAAGAUCUAAAUGCAGGGAUGGUGUCUGGAGCUCAAAUCCUCCAGUUUGUACAGCUGUUGGUGCUUGCGAUCCUUUGAGUUUACCGAAGGUCAAGUUUGCCAGGCUGAUGGAGCAGAGGGGGUUCAGGGGUUCAGUGUACAAGUACACGUGUAUGAAAGGGUACAGGAUGUACGGCAAGGCUAAAGUGUAUUGCGACGGAACUACCUGGAAUUUCUCAACGGCCCCUGUUUGUGCAAAGUCUGGAUGUGAUGAAGAUCAAGUUUCUGUUUUAAGAUAUGGUUACUCAAGAAGAUUAUUAGAUGGAGCUGUCUACAGGUUUCGUUGUGAGAAGGAAGCAGAACUGCUCGGUCCUGAUCUUAUAUUUUGCAAUGGAACACUCUGGAACGAAUCUACUCCAACGUGCCUAAUGCCUGCUUCGUCGCCAAAUCUUACCAUCACAAUCAACACAGAGGAGGAGGAGGUGGACAAAGUGGGGGAGGUGGGGGAGGGCGACCUCAAGACCGUCCUAGUUAAGAAAGGCGAUACUGUGAGUGUUCAGUGUAAAGCAGUGGAUGGGAAUCCUGAUCCUCUUAUAUUAAUAUACUUUGAUGAACAGCAGGUUGGAUUUCCCCGGGAAUUCCGCAAUACCUUCAGUUUCACGGCAUCAGCUGAUCAGCAUGGGAUGAGGGUACGAUGUGAAGCACGAAACUCAAUAAUGGCGGCCCCGGCAGUCUCGUUUAUGGUUAUCAAAGUUAAAUACAGUGCUAGUAGUUUACUGAUCUCUGCUCCUGACUUUGGUUUACAAGGUUCUCUUCAGACCUUGACUUGUACAGCUGGUCCCAGCUUCCCACAAACUAAACUCAACUGGGUUUAUCAGCAGGACGUCUCAGAGUCUGAAGUAAUAAUAGAUAACACGUACAGUGAGGUGGACGGAGGUUAUUAUACAUCCUCCAAGCUUCAGCUUAGACUCCCAUCCUCUCCUCUUCAAUCUAGAUCCAGUAAUAUCAGCUGCAGAUCAGAUGAUCAUGGAGAUUUAUUGGAAAAUUCUACCACGAUUCAGAUUUAUGAGCCUCCGUCUUCCCCUGAACUCCUAGUCUUGGUAGAUGGUGGCCCUGUAGAUAAGGUUAAAGUGGGUCAACAGUUUACAAUAGAAUGCAAAGUAUUCGGAGGCAAUCCAGACCCAAUUCUUCGGUUGCUAGUGGAUAAACAAGAAGUAGGCUUGAGUCAAAACAGAAAUAUAAUUCACACAAUGACUGUCGAAGAAAGGAAUUCUGAUUGUGAAAUAGAAUGUUCAGUCUGGAACUCUGCACUGGAGUCUGAGGAUGUGUCUAAAACACAUCUUGCAAUUUUAUAUCCAGCCAUCCAACCAACCCUUAGGUUAGCAGUAGACGGCAUCAAAGUAAACACUGUAACAGCAGGCAAUACUAUAGAAAUUAAUUGUGGAUACAUUGAUGAUAAAGAUAGAGGAAAUCCAGAAGCAUGCUUAUCCUUGUCAAUAGAUGGUUUGAGUUUGGUGGAAAAUUCCAGUGAAGAUAUUGUUUUGAUAUUUCAAUCUGAACGAGAUCAUCAAGGAUCAAAUAUUGAAUGUUCAGCAAUUAAUGAAGUUAUGGAGACAGCUGCUACAAGCUCUACAGAAGUAGGAUAUCCCCCUGAGGAUCCAACCCUUCUUAUAUAUGUUGGAGCUGAACCGGUCAACGUGUUUAAUCUGGGAGAUGAAGUAACUGUUAAAUGUGGUUACAUGGGAAACCAAGAAGACCAAGGGUAUCCUCAUCCAACUUUAAAACUAAUAUUUAAUGAUGAAAUUAUCCUUCAAAAUUCUUCUGAUGAUAUUUCCUGGAGUUUCGAAGUUGUCCCCGAACUUAUGGAAUCAGUUAUCGAUUGUGUGUCAAUGAACUCUUAUUUGAAUGUAGAGAAAAAAGUGUCAACUAUAAUAAAUAUCACAUUAUUGGAAUCGAAAGAAGAUUACUUUGAGGAUAAUGUGAUCCAAGCUAAAGGCAGUGUAAUAGAUGUUACAGAAGAUAGAAUAACUGAUUCCAAUGAUAAAACUGAUAAUUAUGAUGAAACUGAUUAUUAUGAUGAAACUGAUUCUAAUGGUAAAACUGAUUACAAUGAUAAAACUGAUUAUUAUGAUAAAACUGAUUCAAAGAAGGAAGAUUUAAAAAAUGAUGAUCAUGAAUAUAUUUAUGAGCUGGAAGGUGAAAUAGAAGCAUCAUUUGUUAGUGAUAAUCAUCCAGUUGAAAAUGAAAUGGAGAAUGGCGAAGAAGAAAUAACAAGCAGUGAUACAUUUGGUGAAAUAGUUUCUGAUAAGUCUGACUCUGAGGAAAUUGAUUAUUUAUCACAACGUUUAUCCGGAGAGAAAGUUGAACCUAAAGCAUCCGAUAUAGAAAUGAAACAAGUUGAGAUUGAGAUUAACAGUCUUGUAGCACAAGCUAUGAAUGAUGAUGUUAGCACUACCGACACAGAAAAAUAUCUGAUUCUCCCCGAAGAUGAAAGUUUAAAUUUUCAAAAAUCAGAGUUCAGCUCUGAACUUUCUGCGUCCAAAGAGGAUGAAUAUGUUGACGAAGAUGAUGAUAACAAUCAGUUUACUGAAGAAAAUGAUAAUAAUUAUGUUUAUCACGAUGAGAUCUUAAAUGCUGAAAAUGACACAGAAGAUUCGACUUCAGAAGAAGCUGCUGAACCUGACAGUGGUAUAGUGGAAGUAGAAGAGGAAAUAUUUCAACAAAAUAACAUAAAAGAGGUUCAAACCUCAAAUACAGUACCAGUCGUGAGUGAUCAACCAAAAGGCAGUGAUAACUUAAUUAAGAAGUGGAAUGCUGAGUCUUUAGUCAAAUCAUCUGGUUCUGCUUUAUCAACAGUUUUAAUGCCAUUAUUGAUCGUAGUAAUUAUUUUAAAUAGUUAACUUUGAUAAGUUUGAUUAUUUAAAUAAUUUAAUGUAAAUAUCAGAAUUCUGAUUUGAAAAAAAAGUUCAUUUUGUUUGUCUUAGAUAGUUUGGAACAUUACUGCUUAGAAAUCAGCCGGGACUAUAAAGUGGUCAGCCGGGACUAUAAAGUGGAUUUUAAAGUGAGUCAAUUAGGAACAGGAAAAACGAAAAGAUUUGUCUCUAAAUCUUGAUACUUUGCUCUAAACAAUUUCAAUAUACGUAUCACAUGCAGUUUA